AAUUAUAAUUGAACUUUUGAAUAAAAUGCGUUCUUUAACUUAUUUCUGCGAGUGCUCAAAAUUACCUCUGGCCUCUGGGUCUUGGCUGGUCUCUUUCACAAGCACCCGUCAGCCAAUUAGGAUAUACAGAUUUUGCGAAACGAAUCAACAAAUAUCUCCACGUAUAGUGUUCGGACUCUGUUUGAUAUCAUCUAUUAUUUUCUUCUGCUUAAUUCGGGCUUUUUUGAUAUAGGGGAACUUUUAAGAUUGCGAAUCCUUAAUCUUGUCGAAUCCCUCUAUUGAGUUUUCAAGUUUCUCGAUCUGGGCUCUUUAGAAUCCCCUUCAAGAUAAAAAUUUUUGCUAUAAAAAUCAUUUCUUUAGCUUUUUUCAAGUUCAUUUUAAAAUCUUUACAUUGAAAAUUCACAUUGGGCUUGGUGGUUUUGGAGUUUCGAUUCAUCAUCACUCGGUGUUUAGCAGAUUCGUUCUAGCGAGUUCUCUAAUGGUUUCUUGGGAAUGAGAGUUCCUAGAAGCCUUGAGGUGUGGAAGAUGGGUGUUGUCAAUUACUUGGAGGCACUUAAGCUCCAAGAGAAACUGAUGUCCGAUAGAAAAAUACAAAAGAUUACGGAUACUCUGCUUUCCCUGCAACAUCCACCUACAUAUACUCUUGGGAAAAGGCGAACUGAUCACAAUUUGUUGGUUCCCGAGUCUGAACUUAAAGCCAUGGGGGCAGAACUUCACUACACACAACGGGGAGGCGACAUUACAUUUCAUGGUCCACACCAGUCCAUCUUGUAUCCAAUCAUUUCUUUGAGGGGUGUAGGCCUUGGGGCUAGAAAGUACGUGGAGAAUCUCGAAUUAACAAUGAUUGAAUUGGCAUCUCUGUAUGGCGUUAAAGCUUGUGCAGGCCAAAAAGGUGAAACCGGAGUUUGGGUUGGCGAGAGAAAGAUUGGUGCAAUUGGGGUCAAAAUUUCCUCGGGAAUUACUUCUCAUGGUUUGGCGUUUAACAUCAAUCCGGAUUUGAACUAUUUCAAGCACAUUGUGCCAUGUGGGAUUGCAGAUAAAGAUGUCACCUCUUUGCAAAAAGAAGUGGAACGAGUUCUUCCUCCCGAAGAAGUUAUUCACGACCAGUUGAUUGCAUGUUUUGUAAGAAUAUUUGGCUAUACCGAUGUUAUUUGGAAAGAAAUUGCAUCAAUUUCCUCGUAUAACCUCGAAAACUGAGACAUGCACAUGAUUUGACAAUUACUGUAUUUUUCUAAAAUUUUUUGAUCGAUUGUACAUUUCUUAUUUACUGAUCUGUGGAGAGGUUUCGACUUUCGAUUGUUA